CUGCACGCAAUAAAAAGCCGAAAUCCAACGGAAUGCGGCAUUUAUCGGGUCAGAUUAAGAUCGCGCUUAAAAAAAAACCGAUCACAACAGUCCGUCAGAUAGCAGUUGUAAUUACGAAGUCGUACGAAAGGAACGUAAUUGCGGUCUGGAUCUACUUCCCUUAUCGUUACGUGUAAUUGAGAAUAAUUUUAUUUUGAGCGUUUGUGCAGCUAAUUCUAGCGAUAGUUCCAGUGGAAGCGGUGCAGGUACGCGAUAUCCCACCUUUUUCUAUCACAUGGUACAAACGCGUUUUUGCACCAUCACAUGGCAAACGAAAGAAGUUCUAGUCGGACGUCGCGCAUUUUUGACUUUCCGCGCUUUUGCGAGUGUUCGUCGGUGUUUGUGCGUGUUGUGUGAUGUUCGCGGGUGUCCGGUGGUGCCGUUUUGGGCCGGCGUGGGGCCAGCGGCCGACGUGAUGGCUUAAAACACCUGUCUCCAGCCGGCAGCGAGCGAUGCCACACAUCAGAAAAUGGUGUCGGAAGAAACUUCCAUGACCUGCCGCGGUGUGUACGGCGAGUGCAGCCCGAAAUGCGCCAAAAAUUGGCUAUCAACGAUCAGCGAUAAUGCGAAAAUCGCUCGAGACGAGAGCAGUAACGUGCCGCGUGUUAGUGAUGUAGAAACGUUCGUCGAGGAAUUGAUACGCGAAAUUUGCGACCGAGCAGUGUGUCUGGUGCAAGGUGAAGUGAUGCCGCGCGAUCGACAAAUCCGGGCCGACGAACGUUCGCUGAAGAAGCACAACAGACGGACGACGAUCGUCGACAACGAGCUGAUCAACGAUGAGCGGCCCGUUGACAGACGGACGCCGGUCAACGGCAUCGUCGAGCCGCGCAAGUUGAGUCUCGUAGACGAGAACGACAACAGCGUGUGCGAGACGGUCAACCCGUUGAUCGGGGCGAAUCUCGAAAGGAAGAGUUCAAGGAGGAGAAAGACUCUCUCGUUUAGUUUUUUAAAGAAGAAUAAGAGCAAGGAAGGGGACAGCGAGCAGCACCCGGAGAACUACGACGAUUUCGACCCGCACGCGAAGAUCUCGGGGUUGCGGUUGAGCAAGAAGUACUCGUCGGCGGUGGAGCUCAACCAGAAGCCGACGAAGCUCCAUCGGACUACUUCUCUGAUCAAGAAGAUCGGGGAGGAGUCGAAGAAUUUCCUCAAGAGGUCGAUGAGCGUGCGGGACUUACGGAAGAAAGACAGGUCGAGGGAGAAACUGAGCGAGGAGAAGGAAUUAGAGUGGAAACAGUCUUUGCAGUCUUUAGUCGAAAAUGACGUUAGUGUUAGUUAUAACGAUUUAAGUUUUGUGGAUUACGAUGUGAUGAACGAUAUUCGCUACGACGAUGAUUAUCUAGUGCCGGAGAAAGGAUGUAUAGGAAGGACGCAGAGUAUGUACGAAAAGAGGUCCCCCGAAUUCAGGCGCCCGCUCUACUUCAGAGGCAUUUCCUCCACCAGCGAAGUCUUCCAGGAAAAAGCAUGUCUGUCUGAACAAUCGGGCGCUCUGUCGCUUCCCUCCCUGCAUCAUCUCCACCAGGAAAAUGCCGAAAACUCCCCGAGCCCAGCCCACAGAUAUCGACGGAGACCGCAGAGCAUCAGUUCCGAAGAUGGAAGGUUUCGGCAGAGUUCAGAGGGGAGCUUUCGAAGUGCCGGAAGCGGUUGCUCCAAGCUGAAGAGGCAGAAUGCUUGCAGACAGAAAAAUAGGGAUGUGCUCGUUCAGGAUACUCGGCAGCGACCCGAGACCACGGUCCGCUCGAGGAGCUUAAACCAUUUAGACACUCUAGAAAUGAGGCAAGGCGUUAUUUCGACCACGGAUCCGGCUUUGAAGGACUCGAGGUCCGAACCGGACUGCACUCGGCCGGCGCUGGCUCCACCUUCAGUCACUCCGGAACCGGUAACACCCACCAGGGAAAAUCCACCGGCCCGGAAACACAUGCUUAGUAGAUCUCAAAAAUCGAGCAGCGAAUGUUUCAGUGUUAACUUCGAAGUAGGGGAUGAAGCUACUUGGGAUAAUGAUUUUUUCAUCGCUCAACACGGAACCUUGUUACACGAGGCGCUCGCAAAAAUCUGCGAUCUUCGGAACAUCGAUCUGUCCGUGUGCGACGCCAGGUUAUUGGACAAGGACUCCAACACCGAGACAAUAAUCGGACUCGGCGCGGACACGGGACAUCUAGUCGGAAGGCACAUUCGAAUCACCGCCAAGGAACCCAGCAAUAAAAAACUAUCGGGCUCGCUCUAUGGCAACCAUUCGAGAAAGCAAUCGGCGAGCUAUCGUCCUCGCACGAGUAGUUUCUUUAGUUCAAGUACGGAAGAGCCGAGUGCAGUGGCAAGCUCGACGUUGUCGCUGCACGACGCCGACCAGAGCAAAAAACAAAUCAAACAAAGGCUGACGGCGUUCUUCGGCAACAGCAAAGACACAAAAUACGAGGCCCUCAUCGACCAGUUGGACAAGUAUUCCAAGCAGGGCAUACCCAACAACGCGAGUUAUCCCACUGGUCAGUGUCCCGAAGUGGACGCCCUCCACAAUCUCGAAGACGACUGGAGGGAAAUCGUCGAUUACAGCGAUCUUAGCGAAAAACAGCAACAGCAGCAAACUGCCUUGUGGGAACUGAUAACGAGCGAAGUUUCCUACAUCAGGACGUUAAAAGUCGUCACGGAUUUGUUUCUUGCGUGCUUGAAGGACCUUCAGUCGCACAAGCUCCUCACCGAAAUAAACACCGACAAGCUCUUCUCGAACAUAACGGAAAUUUUGGAGUCGAACGUGACGUUCUGGCGAAACACGUUGUUCCCUUUGAUAAAAGACAUGCGACAACGCAAACGUACGACCUGCAUCGAAAACAUGCUGGAAGGGUUCUCCUCGAUCCACGAGACAUUCCAGCCGUAUUAUAAGUACUGCGCUGAACAGUCGAGGUGUCAGCACUACUGCAGGGAGAACAUGGACAGCGAGGUGUUCACGGCAUACCUGACGUGGUGCGAGAGCCAGAAGGAAUGCAACAGAUUGCGAUUGAUGGACAUCUUGGUCCAACCCAUGCAAAGACUGACAAAAUAUGGCCUUCUUUUGAAAGCGAUUCUCAAAAACACGGACGAAGACGUGGAGCGGGAGAGUCUACAGACGAUGAUUAAAAUGGUGGACGACUUAGUGAUCGACGUUAACGCGAGUUUAAAGCACAAACAAGACAACGAAAGACUGAAAGGGAUAAUAGCGCGGAUAGAAAGUUACGACAUUGUGGAGACUAAGGACGACGAUAUUGACAAAAUACUAAAAAAAGAGAAAUCUUUCACUCACCUCGACUUGACAAGGCCUAUGCUGAACUGCCCUGGGGACAGAAAACGCCAUCUCUUACUCGAAGGUGAUCUGAAACUGAAAGACAGCGGAGCAUCAAAAUUGGAAGUCCACUGCUUCCUCCUCACUGACAUGCUCCUGAUUUGCAAGCCCUCAACGAAAAAAGGGGGUGCUACGAUGCGCGUAGUGCGUCAACCUUAUUUAGUUGAUAGGUUAGUUGUAUCUGAACUACAAAGAGAAACUCCAAGUUUAGCUGUAAUUUACAAGAACGAAUUCGAUAUGGCUGUGGCUGCGUUCAUACUCCAGAACAACGACUCGAAGAAAUUGAAGGGCUGGAAGGACGGGAUCGCUAAAGCUCAAGCUUUAUACGCUCAAGCGAAACAGACAACGUUCAUCCCGGAUGAACAGAGUCUCGACGUCGAGUACAGUUUAGAAUGUAAUCUAGAAAGUGACUAUCAUAGCCUUCAGUUAGCACCAAGAUCUCCUCUUGCUACGUCUUCCCGUGCCAGUAGAGUUUCUAGUCUAGCCCACAGCCACAGCGGAUCCGUGGAAAUGAACGACCAAUCCUCGGUAGGCUCCGCCAAGGAGCCGUCCCGCGGCGUCUCCAUGGACAACGAGAACCGCACCGGCUCCAUCUCGAGCGACGAGGGAGUCCAGCCCCUGCCCCCCGACAAGAGCCCCGUCUCCCAGAAGAACUCCUUCAAGAGCCGCUUCUUCAGCAAGACCCCCAACACGCUCUCCGUGCAGCCGUUCGGCAGCCUCGGCCAGAGCUUACCCAACCUCACGCUCGGCUCGCCGAACGUCGGCAGCCUCAGCCUCAGCCUCAACCAGAACACGCUCUCAGUGCCUAACAACAAGAACGGGGGCCACCUGCUCAGCCCCACCCACCGCGGGGUCUCGUACCCGCCGCCCUCGCCCACCCGGGGCAACCUCAGGCGCGGCCUGGCCAUCUCCCAGAGCAAGAACCCCCCUCUGAUCAAGACGAGGCACAUCAACUCCACCGCCACCACCAGCCAGCAGAUACCGGCCAGCUUCGACUUCGACGUGCCCGUGAUAGCAGGUGUGUCCCAGUCAGAGGAUCAAUGUGAAUCUUUUAGCAGAGGACAUCAUCGUCAGGCAAUGAAACGAAUUUAUAGGAAUGAUAAAAGAUAUCAUACUGCGGGAGUUGUGGAUGACAUCAAGAAAAAUGAUAGCCGAGAUGCGAGCAUCCACAAACGUUUAUCCUGGAAUUGCAGUAGUCAAGAGCAACGGCCCCCCAACGAGGACCAUACCUAGCAUACAAUUAUAAACUCCCUUGUGUCUUGUAUAGUGAUCCUUUACUUCUUCUAUUUUAUAGUCUGUACAGUACUAGAAUUACUAAAUCAUCUAGUUAGUUAAAGAAAUGAGAAUAACACGACAACUCGGCUUGGGUUUAUGCGGAUUGUACAAAACUGUGGACCAAACGAACCCACAAUAUCACGAAAACAAUAAAUUUAUUAGAUGCCAAACAUUUUGGCAGAUUUACAUUCCUAUUACAUUCCAAGAUAAACCUGAGCAAUACUGUACCUAAUCAAAAGUUCUAUCUGGCCUAAUCUUUAAAAAUUUUGAUAAUAUUUUAAGUAGGAAUUUAGUGACUAAAUAGAUCGCUUUAAACUGAUCGAAGUGUCGAGUAGGUCCUCGAAAAACGAUUGGAAUUUUUGGGUUUUUCGGGAAUUACCGAUGCUG